AUGUCACUCAACCAGGCCGCAUACUUUGUGCAAACCUACGACCACCACACCAUGGCGCAAGUCUCAUCUACGUACUCCGGAUACCGACUCGUCGGCCAGGGCAACUUUGACUGCCUCGUGUUCGUCGAGGGGCAAAAGACACCCCAAGUGGAGCCUCACCAAUGCCUCAUCAAGGUCCAUUAUCGCGACCUUGUCACUCUGACCGGCGAAUACCCCGACAAGCCCAAGCCGAAUGUGAUCCCUUGCUCGGACGGCGCCGGUGAGGUCAUUGCCGUCGGCUCCAAAGUCACCCAGUGGUCUGUCGGCGACAAGGUUCUCGGCUCUUUCCACCAGGACUGGAUUGCUGGGCCCGACAACGACCACCCCCUGGGCAAAAACGCGCUCGGCGUUUCCGUUGACGGAACGCUGUCCGAGUACAUUGUGCUUCCCGAGGACGGACUGUCGCCCAUGCCGGCUGGCAUGUCGUAUGAGGAGGCGUCUACACUUCCUUGUGCGGCGCUCACCGCGUGGAAUGCCUUCUUUGGCCUUGGCGGAAAGUCGCAGCUCAUUCCCGGCCAGACUGUCCUUGUCCAAGGCACAGGCGGCUUGGCUCACUUGAAGACGGUCUUUGCAAACGGCCACGUCUCGGGGGAGUUCCACACGCUCAAUUACAAAACGUACCCCAACUGGGGCGACCAAGUGAUGAACAUGACAAACGGACAAGGCGCCGACCAUGUGCUCGAGGUCGGAGGUGCCGCCACCGUUGCCGAGUCGUUUAAAGCUCUUCAUUUCGGAGGCACAAUCACGUCAAUCGGCUUCCUGGCUCAGGCUUCGGACAUGCCCAACGUUUCCAUGCUCGCCUUGUUCAAAGCGGCCGUCUUCCGUGGCGUGCUGAUCGGAUCGCGCUCCCAACUGAGCGACAUGUCGCGCCUGUUCACGUAUGCCAAGAUCAAGCCGGUCGUUGGGCAGACUUUUGCUUUCAAGGAUGCCCGACUUGCCUACGAGGCAUUGAAGAGCCAAAGCGUGAUCGGUAAGAUUGUCAUUACCGUCUCAAAGUAG